CACUUGUGUAGAAUAAAAUGCAAUUUAAAAAGAAUUGACACCUUAGAAAAGGCCAGAUGGGAGGAAGUAUAGUCAAGAUGACCUAUUAAAAGUUGCCCAAUGGAAUCUCUGGAGAAGUUACAUUUCCUCGAAUUGAGCAUUUAACUGCAAAGACCGGCUCAGCCGCCGCUCGGAGCCACUGAGCUCGGUUCAUGUUGGGUUCUUCCACUUUUCUUCCUUGUCACUGAAGUUCGUUUUCCCUCUCUCGGCUGCGUACGGGUCGUGCUAAAGGCCGAAAUUCGUUUCAAGGCGUAUCCGGAAAACCUUCUUUAUUUCCAUUAAUUUUGAAGGAAAGAGCUCGACACCGAGUGGUUUGGAACUUUUGGGGUGUCGCGAUGGAGCUGGAGCUUGUGCUGACGCUGGCCCACUCCACCACUUUAAUAGUGUGCAUGGUGCUGAAGUUCCCGCAAAUUGUUACAGUUAUUCACGCGAAAAAUGCCUGGGGACUCAGCGUCCGGAGUUUGCUGCUGGAACUGAUUGGGUUUCUAGUAUUUCUGACUUACCAAACUUAUUAUGAAUACCCUCUGGCAACGUAUUUGGAGUAUCCAAUUCUAAUUGCACAAGAUGCUGUUCUAUUGAUGUGCGUACUCUUUUACAAUGGAAACAUUGGGACAUCCUUACCCUAUGCAAUACUAUUUAUCAUUGGCUGGCGACUUUUAACAGUCCAUAGGUUAAUUAUAGACUUGGCUAUGAAUCUAUCCACAUAUAUCAGUGCAUUAAGUAAAUAUGCUCAACUGCAGUCUCUGUGGACAACCCGGAACUCUGAUCAAGUUAGUGCGUUGACAUGGAGUUUUGCAAUCUACACUACUUGCGCACGAGUCUUCACUACUCUGAUGACCACCCAGGACACUGCAGUGAUUAUACGUUAUGUGGUGCUGUGCUUGUUGAAUGUAUGGGUGUUGACUACCAUCAUCUACUACAGGAAGACUGGAAGGAAACAAGCAUGAACACGGCCAUGAACUUAUCAAUCACCCCUGCUGUGGACCACUUCUGGACGUCCAAGAUGCCAACUUCUCCAAAGAAGGGAUCCGUAUGCUCCGCGACUGUUGGACUAAGUGUGUAAAUGUAGGAGGGGACGAUUUUGAAAAAUAAAUGUGCUAGGUUUUCUAAAAUUGACUCCCUCUACCUUUGGCCACGAACUUAUCAAUCACCCCUUGUAUAAUUGACAUUUCUUAAUUUUUUUUCUAUCACUUGACAGUUGACUAAAUUGGAUGAAAAUAUGAAUUCAGUAGAUUCAUUUUGGGGUAACCACUUUGGAUGAGUAAAUAAUUCAGACAUUUUGAUUCAUGAAUGCAACUAACAUUGCAUUCACUUUGUUGUAGCUCUGCAUUUGCUAUUUGGCUUAGAAUGGUGAUAGAAGGCACUUCAUCCUGUUUCCACAGGUGUAGGUCUCUGUGUUGCACAAUGAUCUUAUGUAAACUAUUUUCCUUUUUUCUCCCCAUAAUGUAUUGUUAAAGUGGGAGUUGGGUAUACUACCCAAAGGACAACUUUAAAUAUAGUUAUAUGCUUGCAUUUCUGCAAAUAGCUUUACAGCUUAACAGAUCUAGAAUUAUUAAAUUGUAUUUUUUAAUCAUUUUCAUAUGGAAAACAAAUGCUUAACUAAUAUAUAUGUUUGUAUAAAGCUUAACUACAUAUUGGAUCAAAUUGUUUGGAAACUCAUUCAUCCAGUGUAAUUUUUCAUUUUACAAUGCUAUUUUUCUUACAUAAAUAUAACAUUUUGA